UAAUUCGCCCGAUUUUGCUUGCUCAUGUACAGGAUCGGCACUCUCAGGAAUAACGUAUGGUUUAACUAGUCUUGUCGACCUUGCAUCACCGUUGUAUUGCUCAUUACACACCAAAGUAGCGACACAAAAGGGAUAAUAUUCAAAAUGGAUAAUUUCAUGGAGAUGACCAAGAACCUCGGGCACCAGCCCGAGCUGCUACGCCUGAGAGCAUUGGAUGCCACUUAUGAGGAUGCCUUGGAGGGUAAACUUGUGGUGGCCCCCCUUGACAUGAACGAGCCGGGCAAGAAGAUUCUGGACUCUGGUACCGCGGAUGGCACCUGGCUUCGCAAUGUACGGAGCAAACAAUCGGUACAGCACGACUACUAUGGCAGCGACGUUGAAGGCGAGCUGUUCCCAGAGAAUCCAGAUGGCAUCACCUAUUUCGCCCAUUCCUUCAAGGACCCAUGGCCCCAGCAGUACUUGGGCUUUUUCGACCUGGUCCACAUCAGAGGCAGUCUGGCGGGCUCCGCUCCCGAGGGACCUGCUCCUGUGAUUAAGAACCUGACUACUCUGUUAAAGCCUGGCGGUUGGGUUCAGCUCAUGGAAAUGAAUGCCUUCAGUCCUCCACCGAAUGGUCCUGCCAUGACGGACUUUGCCAAGAUGGCCUCGGAGAUGUUCACAGGCAUCGGUGUCGGUGACUUUGCCAACAACAACAAGCCCCUGCUGGAAGAAGCCGGCUUGAAGAACGUCCAGGAGAAGCGCGUCAUUGUCAAACUGGGCAAGAAAGCAAAGCCCGAGCUCCACGCGCAGAGUAUCCAUGGAGUCACUGGACCCAUUGUGCCGUUGACUAGCGUGGCCAGGACCGUGAAAUCUUCGUUUACCAGUGAGCAGCUUGAUACGCUUCCGGCACGUGUCAAGGAAGAGCUGGAGACCGAAGGGGGUCAAGUUGAGAUGAUUAUUGCCUUUGGCCAGAAGGCUUGAGAUUUGUCAGUAGUAUCUCUCGGAUAGUUUUCUGUCCAAUGAAUAGAAUGAAUGUGAAAUUCUCCUGAGCC